AAAUACGCAAAUCAAGGAUAAGUACUAUUGAAAAGAAAAUGUCUAAUAAAACGUACAACGAUCUGCUCUGUAAUACAUCGGAACUAAUAGUUGAAGCGACCCAAGCUGAUGAAGCGGUUUUCGAAGCGGGUAGUGCUGAAAGAUCAACAUUCCAGCCGCUGUUAUCAGAGUUACGUGUUAGGUACACAGUAUUGCUAUCAAGACUUGAUGCAGUAUACGAUCAACUAUUGCAGCCACAAAAGCGCUUAAUUGUAAAGCGGCUGCUUGAAGCUUGCUUAGGAAGACUUUUGGAGAUAAAACACGAACUGGUAGAGCUUCACUUGUCUGACUUUACAUAUGACGAUGAUGAGGCGUUACACAAAUUAGCAGUUACACCCCAAGAAGCGGAACCCUGUAUACCACAAUAUUUUGUAAGAGAAAGAGAAGAAGAAGUUGAAAGGCGUCACAACUUCAUCAUUGACACGUUGAGAAAACUCGGUUAUGAACCCCCUAAACCCAAACCCUUGGUGCUCACUGAACAGCAGGCUGUGAUUAUUAUACAAAGUCAUGAAAGAGCAAGACAGGGUCGCUUAAGAGGUCAAUUUAUGAAGGAAAUUCGUCUCUUGAAAGAAAAAGGCCGCGAUCAAAAAGGCGAAAUGUCAUCGUCAGCUGCCACUGCUAUACAAAAAGUUUGGAGAGGGUUUAUUGCUAGAAGAGAUACUCGAAGGAGAAAACAGCAAGAACAACUUUUGAUUGGUAUGGCACUACCAGCGUACUCUGAGUCCAAAGCUGUUGCCAGGUCUGAGGAGGUAAAGCAGAUUCGACGUAAUCUUCAAAAAGAACGGGACAGUAAAUAUCAAGAUGCUUUAAUUAAAAUUGAAGAACAGCUUCGAGCUCAACACGGAGUGAAGAUUAAUGAGCGUAUCGGUGAUGAACUACGACGAUGGAUAUCAGAGUACUAUGAAAGAACUGGUAAAUUACCAGAAUUUCCAUCGGAAGAAGGUGGAGGUAGCAGAGCUAUGUUCAGUCGUCAAGGAACUGGAAUUGACAGUGAUCUAAGUAAAUCGUCACCAGUAUCUUCAAAAGAUUCAAAAAAGAGUAAAGAAAGCAAAGACAAAAAGAAUAAUAAAACAGAAGAGAGCAAGAAUAAAGACGAAGCAGAUGAUUUGAAGAACUUUAAAUGUACACCGUCAGCUUUUCUUGAAGACAUGGUUAAUGCAAAUGAAGAGUAUGAAGACAUAUGGAAAUUUAGAGAUGAUGACGUCAUAAAGCACGAAGAAUAUGACAAGGAUAUGAUAGAAAGAGAUAAAAUGUUAAAAAUUGAGCAAGAAAUACGUAAUAUAGUUGACGAAAUGAUGAGAAGCGAGCUCGAACUCCUACAAGCAGCUUUUGAUAGAGAUAGAGCUCACAAGGGUAAAAAGACUAAAAAACCGCAAAAAAAAGUGCGAAGGGGAGGUAAAAAAAGUAAAAAGAAGAAGGAAAAAGAUUUAACACCAGAUAGAACUACUGAAUCAUUAUUUGAAGAAUUAGUAAGUAACGGUAUCAUUCGUCCCUACCCUUUUGUCAGAAUAGAUGACUUCAUUGGAGAGAAAAGCUAUGCAGCAUCUGAAUGGCGAGACCAAGGUCGAGAACCUUCCCCGUGUUUGGGAGAUAUACGCCAACUCGUGAAAGAAUAUUGCAUUCUUCCGUUAGGAUCUGAAGCUGUUAGAGCAAAUUCUCCGCUUGUUCGAUCAGUACUAAUUACAGGACCUUCAGGAAGUGGUAAGAAAAUGUUAGUUCAUGCGAUAUGCAGUGAAGUAGGCGCUAUGCUUUUUGACUUAACUCCUGCAAACAUAGUAGGAAAAUAUCCAGGAAAGUCAGGACUCAUCAUGCUUAUACAUCUUGUUAUGAAAGUAUCAAGACUUCUCCAACCAUCUGUUGUUUGGAUGGAUGACGCUGAAAAACCUUUUGUGAAGAAGAGCCCGAAGACCGAUAAGACAGAUCCAAAAAGACUAAAAAAGGACUUAGUUAAGAUAAUAAAAGGAAUUUGUCCAGAAGACCGUGUAUUAUUUAUAGGCACGUGUAGAACUCCUUGGGAAGCUGAACAAAAACUUUUAUUUCAAUGCUAUUCAAAAGUAAUACAAAUACCGAGAGCAGAUUAUGGUAGUAUUUCUUUAAUGUGGCAGACGCAGCUUCAUAAGGCUGGUGCUUUAUCACCGAAGCUGGAACUGUCUUGUUUGUCACGAGUUUGUGAUUCGUAUACCAUCGGUACUUUACUAUCUGCUCUUAAUUCUGUUCUUACAACUAAGAGGCGGUUGCAGUUACGUGUACGUGCUCUUACCGCCCAAGAGGUGGCUAUUCAACUCAGUUCACUGGAACCUGUCUACGCUGAACAUGAUAUAGCAGCUGAGUCAUGGUGGCUAAAAACUCCAAUGGAAAGAAGGCGUCUAAGAGUUUUGCAAAGGUUGUUGGAAUUAGAACAAGAAAACGAAGAAAGAGCUGCUGCCGGAAAGUAA